AUGCAUCCCUUUUUCCUUCUCUUCGCCGUGGCCCCUGUUACCGUUCUUGGUAGCAAUAUUACACUCGGCAGAGGUUCCCUCGGUGGACGAUGCUGCGAUAAUGGCACUACCGACGCUUCUGACAUCUGCUACCUCAUAGAUAUGAAUUCUUAUGGUUGCACGGAUGUGAGCAAUUCUGAAAAGCAUGGCUGCGACUCGGACCGGCUGAAAAACUGGUGGAUUGGACGCGAUGUUGUAUAUUUCGUUCCCGGCAGCGAAGUAAUUCACACUAAUCAAGAUAACCACGACUUGGAGAUUGGAUUCGUUGCAUGUGCAAAAUAG